AUGAGCAGCUACUUCCGCGUCACGCUCAUGCGCUCAGCAAUCGGUCUCCCACGCCGCACCAACGACGUCCUGAAAGCCCUCGGUCUGAAGAAGCGCAUGGCCACCGUCUUCCACCCCGUGUCGCCGUCUGUGGCGGGUCAAAUCAUGAAAGUCAAGGAAUUGGUGCAGGUGCAGGAAGUCGAUCGUCGGCUCACGAAGCAAGAGGUGCAUUUGGAGCGCAAGCCGGAUCCGGGAUACUAUGUUGAGAAGACCUCCGGGGUGGAGUUUGAGGAGAAUAGAUUGGCUUGA